AUGCUCAGCAAACUUGCAGGAAAACUCAAUUCAAACGAAUCAUUCAAGCCUAGUGAGGGUUUUACCGUAGAUGUAGUGUUUGUGAGAAUGCCAGGAAAAGGAAAAGGAAGAAAAAAAAAUAACCCUGGACAACGUUGCAUGGACAACGAAAACAAGAAAAAAAGAUGCAUUAUUGCCAUUAACAAUAAUGAUGACUUGUGCUGUGCGCGGGCUAUCGUGACCAUGAGAGAGCACUGCAACAAAGACAACUCCAAUGAUGCUUUUCACAAUUUUCAUAACAUGCGACGGGGUAGAGUUAUUCAAGAACACGCGGCCAUAGAACUGCACAGACUGGCAGGUGUUGAAAGAGGACCUUGUGGCACGCAAGAAUUGGAGAAAUUUCAGCGAUAUUUGCAACCUACCUAUCAAUUGCUGGUGAUAUGCCGGUCCAGUCCAUUUUUCCCAAUAUUCAGGGGACCGCCUGCCCCAAAGCAAAUUCGUUUACUAAAAUCUGACACGCACUACGAUGGGUGUACUUCCUUUCAGGCUUUUGUCAACAAGAGCUAUUGGUGUGACUUAUGCGGAAAGGGGUUUGAUCAUGAUGAUGCUAAACACCACCCUUGUGAAGGACGUUCGUGUCACUCUUGUAACAGAACGGAUUGUAAAGACUACGACCGCGCAAUUCGUAACCCACCCAUUCUUUGCCAUUUUUGUAAUUGUCGCUUUUAUGGCAAUAAUUGUUUUGAUUAUCACCGCCAAAAGAAUCUUUGUCAAACACACAAAACCUGUGAAAAGUGCAAUGCUGAAUACAAUGUGGUGAAAGGUAAAAGACAUCGCUGUGGCUUUGCCACUUGUCCCAGUUGUAAAGAAUUGGUCCACAUCCAUACACAUAAGUGCUAUAUACAACCGGUCGUAGACCACUCAGAAGAAGAAGAAGUUGGUGAUGGUCAAGGCAAGAAAAAACCCCUCCCUCCUCCGCUCCUAAUCUACGCUGACAUAGAGAGUAUGCAGCUGCCGGACAGGCAAUUUCAACCAAACCUACUUUGUUAUCGCACCAGUGAAAGUAUGAAUAUUGUAACCCACAAAGGCAAAGACUGUGUCUGCACCUUCUUACAUGAUCUCGACGAUGCAGCCGAGAUUCCAGAUGACGACCGUCAAAGAACCAUCAUUACCAUUUUUCAUAAUCUUAAAGGUUUUGAUGGUAUCUUCAUCAUAGAAGAACUAUAUAAACAGCAAAGAAGCAUUGAAAAUCAAUUGACCGUGGGCAGUAAAGUUUUAUGCUUUCAAAGUGGACCCCUUGUUUUCAAGGACUCAUUGUCGUUCUUACUGAUGGCGUUGGCUUCGUUUACAACCGCCUUCAAUCUAACGGAACUUAAAAAAGGUUUCUUUCCCACCUUUUUAACACUCCAGAUAACCAAGCGUACAAAGGAAGAAUACCCGAUCUCGAAUACUUUGAUCCGGAUGGUAUGA